UGCGCGGGUCCGCUGGCUCGGAGACAAGAGGAGAGGAGAGGAGAGGCAGGAAGAGAAGUGAAGAGAAAGCGCUCGUGCCACAGUUUGAAUGGCUUUCACCGGUGCAUCUGAAUCAGUGAUGGGGGACUGGAGCAGCGUUCACAACCAGACAGGUCAGUGCGCUCCGCUGCUGUCUCCUGCGGUUGGGACUCUGAAGCUGGUGUCCGGUGAUGGGACGAGCGUGGGCAGCGUGAUGAGCCUCCAGUGCCCCUCCAGACACAGAGCGGUCAGCGGCAGUCAGAUGACCUGUGUGUGGAGCAGUGAUAAGACUCACUGGAGCGGAGGGACUCCAGAGUGUAAACCUUUGUCUCGGUUCGAGGAUAAUGGCUUUCGUUUAGCUCUUCUUGUGUCCUUCAUCAGCUCAGCCAUCAUCCUCUUCAUGUGCAUCUUCUUCAUCACUUCCUGUCUGGUGAGACAUGUGAAACGAGAGGAGAGGAGAAAGAUGGAGAGGGAAAGAAAAAAUGGAGCGUUUUGGCAACAAAUGGACGGUGUGGAGCUGCAGAGAGAGGGGUUACACAACCAGAAAACCAACAACAACAACAACAACAACACAGGAGGAGAGAGACAGCACACAGACAAGCUCUUCUACAGCCAUGGAGACCUCCACACUCACUGCAGGUGUCUUCAGGAAGGGAGGCCGUGUCCUCUGAACAUCCAUCCAUCCCCGUUCUCUCUGGUGUUCACUCCACCCACUGAGUACCUCAUAAACACACACAUCGGCCCCGCACACACACGCUGUGUGUUCCCUCUCCCUCACAGACACUUCUGCAGGCCGCUCCGAGACCCACUCUGGACAGGACAGCACCACCUUACCCCACAUCAGCCACCUGCCCAGAUGAUGUCUGUAUGAGGAUGACUCUGGAGGACUGGUGUAAUAAUGAAACAAUCUGGGACUAGUGACACAAGAGACAAGACUUUUUUCAUGUGUCGUUUAUGGGUUUGUUAUGUAGAUAACUGAGUGUGAUUCAAACUGUAUUUUAUAUUUUAUUGCACUUAACAUGCUAUUGCACUUGAUACUGGCCACAACAUCAGUUUAUAGUUUUGCAGUACAGUACCUAACGGGUAACAUUAAAUAUUUAUAAAUGUUAUAAUGACGGCAGCAUUACUGGCUGUUUAAAUAUGCCUCAUGCCCUUGACAUUAAGAAUGUAGACAUUGCAGGGCUCAUGUGAGGUGAACAUAAUCAGAAGGGACUCCAGACGGAUUCAUGUAUGACACACAACAUGGACGUUCAUGCUUGACAUACUGUCACUGGUCACUGCCCCUGGUAAAGUCAUACUUUACCAAACAGUGACAUGUUUCUUUACACUUAUCUGUUCAUAUAAAAGCUAUUUAAUUUUUUUAAUUAUUGAAAAUAAUCAACCAACACAGAAUUCUCUCAUUUACUACGCAAAGACAUUGUUUAUAGAUGCUUUCUGGAUGAACACUUGAAAUAAUCAUAUCUUUAUGGAAAUAAAGUCUCAGCUGGGGAGAUUUUGUUGUUAUUGUACUCAAACUAAAAACCAAAGCAAGCUUCAUAAUGUGGACAUUUCUGCUCAUUAUUCCUCAAGCAUAUGUUGACUAUACAAAUAUGACAGUACCAUGUUACAGUGAUGAUGAUGGAUGGUAAUGAUGAUCAAUCAACUACAGUACCUGAAACUAUAUCACAUUGUCCUAAUGAUUUAACCAUGGUACUUUUAUUUCUUUUGCUAGUGUCUGUGCCUUUGGAUAUAAUGUGCAAAUAAAAACCACAAAUACAAUGCAAAA